GCACUCUUCCAGACGCUUCCGAGUUUGCACCGAUCCUCGCUCGAGGUCGGUUGGGGGAUGGCGAGGCAGAGGUGUCGUCCUUGAGAUGGCGAGGAGCACGCCGUGCUUGCGCGGCGGCGGCGCUGGCCCUUGUCUUCCUCACCGCUGUCUUGUUGAACCGCAUAGCAUCGAAGAACAAGCAAGUCGCCUCCACCAGGGACCAGGUCGGCUUCUCUGCCCUCACAGACGCCAAGGAGUUCACGACCCUACCGGGCAAGCAAGAGCAGGCUGCUGCGAAGCGCGACCUGAGCUUCAACGAGCUGCACCUUCCCACCGUGGACGAGGAGCUGACGGAAGAGUUCCAUCCGGCCCUUUGCGUGGGGCAGUCGCUUCAAGCGGCCCUCACUUUGGCCGGCCUGAGCAUCAAGGUAGGCGCCGCCAUGAGAGAAUGCAACGCUUGGUUUUACAGUCCAGCGUACGCCUUCACGAAGAAUCCGAUCACCGGCAAGAUUGAGCAAGUCGACACAGGUGAGCCUGCCAUCACGAAUGCGCGUCGGCUCAAGGACAAGAGGCAUCCGGACAGGAGGCAUCCCCUGCUGCGGAUCGAGGAGUCGCUGAGGAAGCCGCUGGCAAAGCUGCCCACCACGCCAGGACUGAAGCAGAGGCAGUCUACCUUCAGGAACAUGUCGAAGGUGUGGGAGAUGAACUACGGGGACGAGUUCAACGAGUUCAAGAAAACGGGUGAAACGGCAUACAACGUGACAGAGUGGGACCUCUCCCUGGACAAAAUGAGCUUCGACUUGGGUGCUGAGUGGACCUUUGAGGGGUGGCACUACUUCCUAGCUCACGGGGGAGUGAUCUGGGAUACCCGGAGAUGGCUCGGAAACUACACCACUUCCGGACUAGCUGUUGUCCUCUCCAAAAACGGAUCUGUGGCCCUGAUGGUUGCGCCAAAGCAAGGUGCGCCGGUGGCGCGCUCAUGUGGGAUGUCUGUGCCCUUGAAGCAGUGGGUGCACGUCGCGUGCCAGCGUCGGGGGUCCUUCCUGGACUUCUUUCUGAAUGGCACCAAAGUCUGCGACGUGUCGGGGCCAAACGAACUGGACGACCUAGAGCCGCAGACCACGGUGAAGAUUGGCCGUGCAGCGACCAACGAAGCGGACUCCGGCCUUUCUUCCUUGGUCUCCAACAUGCGGCUGACCGGCUCCGCAUUGUACAGACCGUCCGCUCUGUCUGCUCGCAUCCCCGCGCGACAUUUGGAUCUGCAUCCGAAGACGCGCUUCCUGCUGCAAGGAGGCUACCUGGACCGGGUGAGCUGGCGACCUCUUCUCAUCUCAGGACAUGGGCUCAUGGAGGGCGUCAUCAACCGCGGGCAUCCUACGCGAAAGCUCAAGCAUCCGGCCAUGCGCGAGCUGCAGCUGCACAUCUUCCCGGAUCAGGACCGUUCCUUGCCGGGUGGCCUCCCACAGAAGUGGGGGGAGGCUGGCAAGAGAUCCGCCUUCUGCGCUCGGACGAUCUUGACAAUCAUCAAGGACGCCGGCACCAUCGCUGCCUCCAUUGAAAGCGACCUCAAGGUUUGUCAGGACAAGAAGCUCGUCGGCAUGGAGUGUGCAACCGCAGCCACGCGCACGGUCCGCUCAGCGGGCAGUGCGGCAAAGUACAUGGCGGAGCUCCCUGUACGAGGCUGCGACCAGAAAUGGUUCCGCGGCUACGCCCGCUGUGCAGGUCGUAUGGAGGGCGUCUCAUGGGAGCUGGAUGUGCUGGGUACCGAGCUAGGCUUGACGGUUGAAUCUUGCCACAAUCUGGACCUCGACUACCAGCACAUCCGCAGAAAAAACGCGACAAAGAAGAGCAUCAAUUGGGGUAGGUGCGCCGGCGAAGUUGCCGCGUCCGCUGGCUACGCAUCCACCGCGGGCCUGUAUGUGGCUAGUGCCGCGGGCUAUGACUGCCCUGCGGCAUUGACGACCAAGAAGAAGAAGGAAGCCUUCAACGUCUCGAUCCAGCAGCCGUGGGCGUACAGAUGGAAGACGAAACGGAACACCCCUGGAGACGUCGCCAGGACGACAUGCGCCGUGGAGUCGUUGGGGUUUGCCAGAACACUCUUCCUCUCGGGCGCGAAGGCUGCCAGGGCUGGUGGAAGCUGUUCUGGAACAAACACUGUUUGUGCCAGGAACGUCCUGCUCUCCAUGGCAGCCUUUGCGGGCAUUGGUGAGGUGGGGGGCAUCCUCCACGAUCGCUGCUUGCCGCUCACAAGCUGUUGCAAGUACAUCAAGUCGGACUAUGUGUGCGACUGCCGCGCGACGGAGCGACAAAAAGUGUGGGCAGAGAACCACAAACGUUCUGGGACGUGUGCCCGGUAUUCAGGCUCCAUCACCAAGUUGAUCGGCUCGGCUUUGACGUUCGCUGCAGAGGCUGUCGAGGCUUGCGACGACGACCCGCACCUUCCCGCCGUGUGCUCAUCGAUGGUCACCUUCGCGAUUGCUUCCUUGGGCUAUUUCGCUGAGAAUGCUGCGCGAAAUCACUACGAGUGUCCCUUCUACAUGUUCCAGAACCUGUACCAGUGCGGCCAAGAUCAGACAAGGUUGGCUGCGGCCGUGCAGCUCUUUGCUUCGGCUACAGCAGCUGCGGUCAUUAAUUGCGGAGCACUCGCUGGCACGCACACGCCUUGCGAGCGACUGGUUGGUAUGGUCCAUCCUCCGCGCCGCUUCUUCACGGUGUGA